GCAGUGGUGGACAAGAACGUGUACGUCAUUUUUACAAUGGCGGAGGCUGGGUGAGGAGGAGAGUGUGUGUUUUAAGCGGCGUCGUAAUCGGCUGAGCUACAUUGCCCUUACUACGUGCACGGUACCCCAAAAUGGCCCUAAACCCCAACGCGGUGGGAAAAACGGACUCAGAAAGCACCGAGACCAACGAUUCACCGCCGGAGGGGAGCGAAGCCCACAAGAAUUCAUCGGCCACAGCCAACCAAAAUGGCGAUCAGCCUGGAUGUAGAGACGGUGUAAUGCCCGAACAAGAAGCCCUUGAACGGCGAAGGAGCAUGCUGGCGGAUGCCCGGAGCAGUAGCAGCUAUCCUUCGCCAGCCCAGAGAUCGAACGAAGAGUUGCCACGGAGAAAUUUCCAGAUUCCGAGGAAGACGAGAGAACGGAAAGGGCUCUACCAGUUUUUGGCCCCUGACAGUCGGGAGUUUGAGGAUCUUGUGAAGAUCAUCUCCUCGUUUUACCUCGACUCGUCAUCGCGAGGAAGCUUUUCUUACUGCAAGGCCCGGCUAAUUCACAACGAGCUGCUGGAGAAGGAGUUCAUCGAGAAGCGGAGAGAAAUGAAGCAGGCGGGGCGAACUGAACCGGAGCUCGCGGAGUCGUACUGCUUCCUUUUCCCAGACAAAUCCAAGCUCCAGUGGAUCUGUGAGAAGGGGCUGUCCCUCGGCCACUGUAGGAUUAUGACACUUGGAAAUCCAUCAAUGGGUGUUUAUCUCUCCAAAUACUCUGAUUUAUUACAAAUGAACCCAUUCGAGGCAGGCUCAUUUGGAGACAUGAUCAUCUUUAAAGUCAUGAGGGGUAAAAUAAAGCACAUCCACGAGAACAUGCCCAAGAAUGCAAUCGAACCAUCAACCAAGUUUGACUGUCACUUGUCCAAAAGUGCCAACAGGGUCACGUCUUUGCUGUCGUAUCGAGCGUUUGAGCUCACACAGCAAUACUUUUUUGAGUUUGCGUUUGAUGAGAUCAAGACACGCCCCCGGCACGUGUGCCCCUACGCUAUAGUUUCUUUUCAGUACAAAGGCAAGGAGGCUGCAGCAGCUCCAAUGACUGCACACAGGUUUAACACCAUUUCCAUGGAAGGAAGUAGAGGGAAGAGCUGCUACACCGUGUGGAGCGGCCCGCUGGUGAACAAGGGCCAGGAGCUGUUCCCAGUUUCUUUACGGUCCUUCUCGCGCGCCUAUCUUCCUCACAAACUACCUGAGAAGUUGGAGAUGAAUCGGGGCAUGCAGCUGGACCAGGUGAAGCGGAAGCUCCCCUCUUUUCUUUUUUCGUGGGACACCUACACCAUAUCACGGGAAGUGAUGAAGUUUGGGAUGUCCUGCAGCCUGUUUGAUGUAGUGGAAGGAAAAGGUAAAGCAACCAGCGGGAGCCUGGCAUCGCUGAUCCACAAACUGGAGAGGGAUCGCAUGGUGCUGGUGAAGUCCUUGCAUGACCGCGGCUUUCUCUUUCUGUUGUCCUCCGCUCAGAUGGUCGAGUCAAAAGAGCGGCGGGGGCGGGUUGAAAAGAAGCUACAAGCAUUAUUCAUCUUUCAGGAGUCAAGGACGGUUGUCAAGUAUUCUUCGAGACUGUCAGAGCCAGAGCUGCUGAAGGCGGAGCCUCAGCCUGCUGCCCUGGCCUCCACGAAGCCUUUUAUUCCUGCACUACAUUACUCAUUUUUCAAGUUGCGUCCCAACCCGGGCAAGGACCUGAGUUCUGGGGUGGAGCGCCAGAUGACGGACUACCUUACCCGUAUGGAAUCAGGAAUGGUGCGGCCGUUCAUUCUGCCUGACUAUAAAUCUAGCGUGGAUGAAAGGACAGGCCCUCUCCUGGUGCCCAGGUCCAAAUUUAACAUGGAAGCUGUGCUGCGAUCUUACGUCCACAACUCUGCUAACUAUGUUUUACCCCUGAACAAAGCUAAAGACUUGAUGGAGCGAAUAAGAAAUCCCGUCCCCGUGCCUGCCCCUGUACCUCCACCGGCUCCAGUGCAGAUUCCUGUUUUAGCUCCGGUUGAAUACAGCCCCGUUUCUGACUGGGGUGGCUCAGACCGCGGCUCGGACAGAGCAGACAAGCCUUCAGAACGUCUGUCCCUAGAGAGGCCACCUCAGGAGAAGCCACCCCCAGAGGGCAGCAAGCAAAGGACGAGCUUGACCCAUUCAAAUGGCGCCCAACUGCAACCUAAGCCCCACGCUGAGCCGCAGCCUCAGCUGGAAACGGUGCAACUGUCCCAGAGCGAGUACGAUCAAGACAAGAUGAAGCAGCUGCUCAAGCUGAUCCAGCUGCACAAGAAAACUCUGGUGAAGGACCGAGGGGACGACGGGGCCUGGGACGCCAACAGCCUCAAAAGGAAGUUUGAAGAAGACGAAAGGGUGGGCAGCAACAAGCAUCAACGCAUGGAUCAUGCAAGCAACGGGGAGCCCAGCAGAGCGUUCCAGACAGACGAGCUCGGAGCCGAGGCUGAACAGAGCGACAGUCUGACUGCUGUGAUGGAAAGCAUAGGUAUCUAUGACACCGACCUGAGGGCUCGUGGCAAUGCUAACGCCUCGGCGGUCAACGAAACGCAGCGCCUGCUCAAAAUUCUUCUGGCCACGCUCAACAAAGCCGUGGGGCAGAAUUCGAUGCCGACAGAGGAAAACCACGGUGAAUCCUCGACAGCUUCGGUAUCGGGUCUUCCUGAGUUAGCUUUUGAGAAACCGAGAGAGACGGUUUCUCAAGUAGACUACACUGAGGAGGACAUGGACUGUAGCCCUGCUAGUCCGUUCAGCGUGGGCUCGCCACCACAGCAAGCACAAGCUUCAGACGCCUUAGCCCGGGAAAUCCCUACCACUGAAGGCGCCCCUACGCUAUUAGAAACAGCUCAGCCUUCUGCCACGCCGAAGCCCGAGCCAGAGGCCGUGCCACCUGCUGAAAGCGAGCCGGAGCCGAAGAAGACACCUACAGUUCUGGAAGUGCAAAAGGCAGAAGUGCCUCCUUUAACGGUUCCAGAGGAGGUUUCGUUCCGGCCCUCCAUCAGCCUGGACACCAUAGUGAACCAGGAGAUACACAGCCUCACGUCUAACAUUAAAAAUCUCAUGCAGACUCGCCACAUGUCGUAUACGUCACAGCUGCCCCCGCGAUUGCCCCUGCGCCACUGCUGGCAGCCCAACACCUGCUUCUCGAGCUACGUCGCCCCCUUUGUCACGCCCGUGUCUACCGACGAGCACGUCCAAGCACUGUGUGAAAAGAUGAACAAGUUGAUCCCAGAUCCACCUGCUCCCUCCGGUGAUGCCUCUCCACCUCCCUCAGAGGAAGAAUCCAGUCUCACAACCCCACCUCCUCCCACAUCUCAGGCCUCCAAAACUAAAGCAGAGCUCUUAGCGCCAAAGAGAGCCAACUCCUCUCAAAGCAGCAAAACUGAUGGCAUCAACAAAGAGACGGUGUCUACCAAGGCUAAAGCAGAUGUUUCCUCAGCAGAGGUGACGGGCGAGGUCUAUUCUCCCUCUCGUGUGACAGCGGACUCGCCGGAGUCCCACGCCCAAAACGCUAACGCUGCUCCUGGAGUGGGCUCUAAUCUGCUCGCUGGCAGCCUCAUCAGCCAGCUGAAACCUGAAGUUUUCACCAGCUUGGUGGAGAUCUUUAAGGAUGUCACCAAGAAUACGGUUAAAUUCUACAUCUACUCAGUAGACGAGGGGGAAGAGGGCAGCAUCUGUCAGCAGAUUAAGGAGUACUUGAAAAGUCUCGGCAACAGUGAGUGCAGUCCACAGACGUUUCUGGAGAACAGCAGCCGUAUGGAUAAGCUCCUCAUAAUCAUCAGAAACGAGGACAUCGCCACACAUGUGCACAAGAUUCCUGCCUUGGUGUCUCUGAAGAAGCUGCCCUCUGUGAGCUUUGCUGGCGUCGACUCUCUGGACGACGUGAAGAACCACACGUACAAUGAGCUGUUUGUGUCGGGAGGCUUCAUGGUGUCUGACGAGUUCGUCCUCAACCCCGAUCUCAUCACACAGGAUCGGUUGCAGGGACUGCUCAAGUUCUUGGAGGAACAAAGCACUCCUGAACACCCCUGGCAGUGGAAGGUGCACUGCAAGUCCCAGAAGAAGCUAAAAGAGCUGGGCAGGUUAAAUAUUAAUGCCAUGGGGCUGCUGAACCUUCUCACCAUCUAUCAGAAGAAGCAUCUGGUGGAGUUCCUCCCAUACCAUGAGUGUGACACGGCGUCACGUCAAGCUCCUGAUCUGGAAUGCCUGAUCAAGCUUCAGGCUCAAAACACGCAACAACGACACCUCAUCUUCCUCACAGAGAGACCAUUUGAAAUGUUCCUGCAGUAUUCCAGAAACGGAAUAGUCAUAGCGAGCAUUGAUGAUGUCAUGAGCGGUUUCCACAGUCUGAUUGGAUCCAUUAACCAGAAUGAGCUUCCAACACCACCAUCUACUGUAGUGAAUGAUGAGUGUGUGGAAGAGGAGGACAUGUCGUUAGACUCUGAUGAUGGUGAGCCAGCAACCACUUCAGAGCCUACAGAGCAGGUCCCAGAGGUCGAGAAGGAGGAGUCAGUGCUGCCGCCUCCUCCUGAGAUGGAGGAGUUUCGGCCUCCGCUCCCAGACCAGCAGUCCACCCCUGAGAAAACGCCAACUCUGGCUGACUGCACUGCUCUGAAAACGGCCAUCUCUCAGUUUAAAGCUACCAACCAGAUAGGCCUAGCCUCCUCAGAUCUCGGCAGCUUGUCACCUGGUGGAUUCCCUGUAAACACUCACCAGAGCUUCCUGUGCCCCUCCACCCCGUGGUCCUCCUACACUGGUUCUUCUGGCUACGUGGCAUCGCCAGCCUACCCCGCUUCUCCCUGCAGCAGCACACAGGAACAGGAGUACCGUGUCCCAAAUACAGCUUCUUCUGCAGUCCCAACUCAAGCUGCUAUAGCCACAGCCGGACCUUUAGCCAACCUGGCUUCCCUCCCCUUGGAGGUCAAACCUCCUCCUCCACCUCACCUCAUGAUGCAAGGUCGGACUUAUGGGUCAGAUGCUGCUGGAGCCACUCCUCUUAACCCCACCCUACCCUAUAAAAACCCUAGUGAUGCAGCCCAGAUGGGCUACAUGGGCGGUGGGACUCCCGUACAGCAGGACAGGACAGUCACUAGACCUGGAGAAGCUGGAUGGAACGCGACGCAGACCACCACCUGUGAGACUGCUAGCAGCCAGAGUGUGGUCACCUCUAUGCCCCAUGACCCCAGCAGCCUCCCAACCACUGGGGAAAUCCUUGUAGGCAGUACUCCUGGUUGUCAGGGGGGCAAGACUCAGGUGAACUGUGCUGAAAACCUUGGCGCAUCCGUGGGUAUCCCCCCAGUAGCCACCAGGGGGAGCUGUAUACCCAGACCUAAGCUGCCUCCGCCACCAGUAGUUGGUGUGGGCUAUGGUGUAGGAGGCCUCCCUGCACACGUGGACCACGGGUCUUUGCGGGGAGCUAUGGCUCCUGGUUCUUUAGGGGGCUUCAGAGGCAGAGGAGUCCCACCAGUAGGACUGUUACCUCGGCCUAGGCAAGAACUGGGGAAUGGAACGGGAGUGGGACCCUGUUCCUGGGCUUACCCAGGAGGCAGGGGGGGGACACAGAACUACUACACAGACUACACAUAUUCUCAUAACUACGCCCCUGAAUAGACAAUCAACUUGACGAACGGGGCGAUGCAAACACCAUAAACCAGAGACAUUUAGAGCUGGCUGAAUGUAUAUAUUUCCUUGUCAUAAAUGCGUUGAUUUAAAAUCAGUGAAUAUGGAUUCUGGUUUUCUACAUUAAUAAAAUUGAUACAGGCAGUGCCGAGUGUCCUACUGUCAAAAAAUGGUCUGUAUUCUUUCCAUGUGAGCGAUUUGAGACCCUGUCCAAACCACUAUAUUUAUAUUUGCCAACAAAUAGUAAUGGCCUUCCAGCUUCUCAGAAUUGACAACGUGAUUUCUGUUUCUUCCAGUUUUGGAACGGUUUGUGAACAUGGGGAAUGGCUGAUAUUUUUUUAAAGAAAAAAAAAACUUAGUGAAACAGAUCUCACGUUUGCUGUUGGGUUUUCUUUUUUUUAUUACUUUACAUAUUUGGUUGUCCAAAAUUCUAUUAUAAUAAAACAUUUCAAAUCCUG